UCUAGUUUCAGGGAAUAUUGUGAGCAUGGGAGAGGUGGGGAUGAGAACUGGUCCAGAUAGCUGGAGUAUAAGAAUACAGUGAGAGGAAUUAGUAAAUGAUGAUUUUUUCUCUCCUAACGCGGUGCUCUGCCCACAACCAAUGUUUGUUGCAUGAGGCAUAUUGGAGACAUGCUGUGGAGGGAGGAGACUUUAAUGCCAGGUCCGGCAUACUUUUGUCAGUAGUCAAAGGGUGAUCAGAAAGGUGCCUUACGACACUUAGUUGAGCAGCAUGCGUAGAGUGGAUUGUAGAAGGGAGAGAUUAAAGGCAGGAAGACCACCUCUUAGGCUCUCUGCCUGGAUCCUGAUUUCAGCAGGGCCCAUGGGCAACAGCUCAAGCCUGGCUGUGUCCACCCUGGUUCUUAUGGUAACGGACCCAAGCAAAUGGUAUAAAUAGCACAAUGGCAGAUAAUCCAAUGAGACACCCUCUGCAGCAGCACAGAACAUGCAUUCCUCACUUCUUGGGCUGUUUCCUGGGAUCAGGUGUCUCGGCAAUGCCUUUUAGUCCAGGCUCCCUCAGGAACCAGGCCAGCCCCCCAGCCAGCAGAGAUGAGCCUGCCAAGGGAAUGUGCUGACUGCGCAGGAACACUGGAGAAGCCACCCCCUCGCUCUGAGGACCGGCACUUUCUGGGGGGCCAGGACUCCUGGAGCCUCUAAUAGGAUGGCUUUAACAUUUUUCUUUUAGAAAGAAAUCUCCUCUUGUCCUAUCUUCCCUGGAGAUGGAAGAAAUCCUGGAAUCCUAGAAUCCUCCCAGUCCUCACUCCCUCUCAACAUUCAGUUCAGUCCAGUUCUAGCCAAUGAACAUUUAUGAAGCAUCUACCAAGUACAAUCUACAAAGACGAAAACCACUUGGAUUCCAGCUCCUUAGCAAGAGAUGUGAGGGACCUUCAACUUCAUCAUGAGUUUAAAACUGACAAGCAUUCUCCUCACCACAAUCCUUCAAAAUGGAUUGUGCAAGGAUUAUUUCCCCUGCUAUGCAUUUAUAAGGAAACUGAGGCUCAGGAAGCAAAGUGACUUGCCCAGGGUCGCACAACUGGUAUGAAUCAAAGCCGGCUUCAAAUUCAAGUCUCCUCACUCCAAGUCUUGAGCUGCCUGAGCCCCUGCUGGCCGGCAGGGUGGCCGUGGGAAGAAUGGCGUGUCCUCUGAAUCUGGGCCAAGAGGAACAGGUGGCCCGAAAGUCGAAGCUUGUUGGGCUCAUAGCUGCAUGGCCCCCGUGUAAGGGAUCCUUCUCGUCCUGCACCACCUCCUCCUCCUCCUCCUCCUCCUCCUCUACUGCCUCCCCAGCUCCGUGCACUCGUUAUAGAGCAGCACCCGCUCCGACAGCCACACGUCUCUGCCCUGGCCCAGGCCUGGCCACCAGGCAAUAGUGCGACGCACUAGAGGCAGACAAGCAGAAGGACCAGCCUCCCUGAUGGCAACCACGGGCAACGGAGCAGCAGAGCCAGGAACCCCGAGCCCAGAAGCAGCUCCAGACAAUGCCCCCAAAGGCAAGGCUGAUGAAGCUUCUCUUGUCCAAGAGAAAGGAGCUGUGCCUCCAGGCCAGCCCCUGCCUGGAAGCCCAGGCCCCCCCAAGGAGAAAGCGGUUACUGCUGGUGGGGUGGCCCACCCAGAUGGAGGGGCAGGAGAGGCACCCCUGGCAGUGGAGGGGAGUGCUGGCCCAACGGCUGCCUUGCCCCAGCAGUCCCUACUGAUGGAAUCGUCAGAGAAGAAACCAGAGGCUGGCACCAAGGGGUCUGAGACUGGGCAGGACAAGGGUGGCCAAGGGGCAGGAGAACGGACCAAGGAAGAAAAGAAGCCAGCAGGCAAAGCAGAACCUAGGAAGGCCCCUCCACCCUUCCUGCACAGCCCCAGUUGCCCUGCCACUAUCCAGAGCUCUGAGAAACCGAUGGAGGAGAGCCUGGGGGAAGCAGAGAAAGCUCUCAGUGGAAAGCAGGGUUCUCAGAUCUCAGAAACGAUCCCUGGACAAGCCAGCUCCCCCCCGGGUGCUACUAGCAAGCUUGCAGAAGGAGGGAAGAAGUUAGUAGAUCCUCAGGCAGGGAGCCAGAAGGAGAAGCCUUUGGAGAAGGCUCAGGUCCCAGAAGGAGAGGGAUCCCAGACCCAGCCCAGCCCAGCUAGUCCUCCCAAAGUCCAUCCGGACAGCAGCUCAGCUAAAGGAGAAGGGGACAACCCUGAAGGGAUCGUGUUCCAGGCUGUUCCCUUGGAAAAAGAGGCAACAGAGAAGACCGCCUGUCCUAGUGCCAACAAAGAGGAUAACUAUGAGAUUCUGGAUGACUGCCCCCCUCCUCCGGCUCCCUUUCCCCAUCGCAUUGUGGAGCUAAGGACCGCAAAUGUGAGCAGUGAAUUCACCAUCAAUUCCCAGCAUCAACUGGGAGGGGGGAAAUUUGGGGAAGUUUGCACGUGUACAGAGAAAGCCUCGGGCCUCAAAUUGGCUGCAAAGAUCAUCAAGAAGCAAAGCCCAAAAGACAAGGAGAUGGCACUGUUGGAAAUUGAGGUGAUGAACCAGCUAAACCACCAUAAUCUUAUCCAGCUCUAUGCAGCCAUUGAGACCUCACAUGAGAUCAUCCUGUUCAUGGAAUUCGUGGAGGGCGGAGAGCUGUUCGAGAGGAUUGUGGAUGAGGACUACCAGCUGACCGAGGUGGAUACCAUGGUGUUCGUCAGGCAGAUCUGUGACGGGAUCCUCUUUAUGCACAAAAUGAGAGUCCUUCACCUAGACCUCAAGCCUGAGAACAUAUUGUGUGUCAGCACCACGGGACACAUGGUGAAGAUCAUCGACUUUGGCCUGGCACGGAGGUACAAUCCCAACGAGAAGCUUAAAGUCAACUUUGGGACCCCUGAGUUCCUGUCCCCAGAAGUGGUGAAUUAUGACCAAAUAUCUGAUAAAACAGACAUGUGGAGUAUGGGCGUGAUCACCUACAUGCUGCUGAGUGGCCUCUCCCCAUUCCUGGGAGAUGAUGACACUGAGACCCUCAACAAUGUCCUGGCUGCCAAUUGGUAUUUUGAUGAGGAGACCUUCGAGACCAUCUCAGAGGAGGCGAAGGACUUUGUAUCCAACCUCAUUAUCAAGACCCCCAGAGACCGGAUGAGUGCGGCUCAGUGUCUGGCACACCCCUGGCUCAACAACCUGGCAGAGAAGGCCAAGCGCUGUAACCGACGCCUCAAGUCUCAGAUCCUGCUCAAGAAAUAUGUGAUGAAACGCCGCUGGAAGAAAAAUUUCAUCGCUGUGAGUGCUGCCAACCGUUUCAAGAAGAUUAGCAGCUCAGGAGCCCUGAUGACUCUGGGGGUCUGAGGCCAAGAGGGCUGUGUGGAGGCUGCCACAGAACCACCCAGAGAGCCUCAGGGGGCCCAAGGGCCCUGCAGCUGGGAGGGCCUGAGGGCAAUGGGCCAGGCCCCCAAGGAAAGGACAGUCGGGGUGACCAUGCCUGGACUCCAACAGCUCGGGCUUGGUGACUUGCCUCCUAACUGAGGCCCGAGCCAUUCUCCGGCUCAGGGUGGGGGCUUCCCCUGCCACAAGGUGACCAGACCCACAUCCCUCCCUGUUCUCCUCUCCAGGCCCCUGACACACAGACACACAAUUAACCCUCUGGGUCCUGUCGUGCUUCCCCGACUGGAUGCCACCUCAUAUACAGGCUUCAUAGGAUUUCAAGCAAGAAGGGGCCGUAGAGAUCAUGUAGCCCAAUUCUCUCACUUGACAGAUGGGGAAACUGAGUCAGGCCAGAGUGGGGAAAUGGCUCUCUGUGGUCACACAGUGAUCAGAUAGCAGAGCUGGGAUCGGAACCCAAGUCUUCUGGCUCCAAAUUCCGCGCCCUUGUUCCUACUCUUGGGUCCUACUCUCUGAGCCCUGGAAGGGUAUUCAGUGGGAAGGUCCCUCUCACUGUGCUGGGGCUAUGGAGCCCAUGAUUCGAGGGGACAGACUUGUUUAAGACCCCGUCCAGCUUUCACUCCAGAAACUCCUCUGACCUCAGGACCUUGUAUCCCAUGCUACAUCUAAGUAGCCUCACUGCCCCAUUCCCUUUCCCCACUCUCCAGCCUCAAGGGGAGUUAAUAGCCCUUUCUUGGAGCUAGUAGGUGGGUGUGGCUCAUGGUCAGACUUAAGGGCCCUCAGAAGAGUAGAAGACAUUACAGCAUAAUGGAAAAAGAGCUGGAUUUAGAGUCAUGAGACCUGGAUUCAAAUUCUGGUUCUACUACUUACUAGCUGUGGCACCUCAAGCAAGUCACAACCUCUGGGCCUCAGUUUCCUCCUCUGUAAGUGAGAGGAUUUUAUAAAGUGUUCUCUAAGUUCCCUUUCAACUCUAAAUCCUAUGAUCCUGGAUGCCCCAAUGCUCCCAGUUCUCCUAAACAUGAAGGGUACCCAGACUUUAAAUCACUGUUUGCUGGGUGAGCUCUACAGCUGGGGUGGGGGGAAUCCAGGGAAAAAACAGUUCCUAUUAUGCCAAAAGGCUCAUUGCACAGAACAGAAGGAAGGAAGGAAGGAAGGAAGGAAGGAAGGAAGGAAGGAAGGAAGGAAGCCCCUGACCCAGAUCCCAGAAGGAGUCCCUAGCCAGGGGGAUGAGGGUGGGGGUAGACAGACAAGGGCUUUGUGUUUUCUGCUCACCCCCCUGGCCUUCCCAAGCCACCAACGGAGGCAGAGAGAGAUGGAACCUGCCUCCUCCCCAGAAAAGGAUUCCCCCACAUAGCUAGAGUCCAGAGAGGCUGCGGUGCUAAUGCAGACCAGCUGGGCCCCUAGCCGGCCUCCUCACCCCUAUGAAAGCACCAUUUCACAGUGACCACCAACAGGCAGGAACUUCUGUGUGUGAGGGAGCCAGAGCUCAGGAGGAGGGCAGCCCUGCCCUUCCCUCUGUCCCUUCUCCCCCUCUCCUUCCCCCCCCCCACAUAUACACAUCCCACCAUGGGUCAGCAAGAACCUGGGAAAACAGAGGUGGGGGGCAGGAGCGCUCCAGCAGUGUCCUAGCAGAGUCAGCUAGCUCUCGUAGAUCGGCUAUCCAGAAGCGCUUGCCAUCUCUCCUUCUUAUAUAACUUCAGAAGGCCCGGAGACAUGAGCAGGAUCUUUAGAUGACAUCUUUGCCAUCCGGAAGUGCCCAGGAACAGCCUCACUGCUCAUCCCACCCUCCACCUAGAACAGGUCUAAGCGAUGUAUUACUGCUGGGCUCUUAGAGUGAAGUCACAUGGAUGGUCAGGGUGUUACAGCAGCUGGGGGUGAGGGCUGGGAUGAUGGAUCACAUCCUCAGAAUGAAGAGGAGAUUCAAGAGCGCUGGCUUUCAUGUAAAUAAAUGUACAGGU